AUGCCUCUGCACUGCAGGCAGCCCGACAGCGUAUCCCUGCAGCAUUCCAACCGCGUAUCCCUUCCCCAGGUGGUGAUUGUAUCCCUUCCCCAGGUGGUGAUUGUAUCCCUUCCCCAGGUGGUGAUUGUAUCCCUUCCCCAGGUGGUGAUUGUAUCCCUUCCCCAGGUGGUGAUUGUAUCCCUUCCCCAGCUGGUGAUUGUAUCCCUUCCCCAGGUGGUGAUUGUAUCCCUUCCCCAGGUGGUGAUUGUAUCCCUUCCCCAGGUGGUGAUUGUAUCCCUUCCCCAGGUGGUGAUUGUAUCCCUUCCCCAGGUGGUGAUUGUAUCCCUUCCCCAGGUGGUGAUUGUAUCCCUUCCCCAGGUGGUGAUUGUAUCCCUUCCCCAGGUGGUGAUUAUAUCCCUUCCCCAGGUGGUGAUUGUGGUGAUUGUAUCCCUUCCCCAGGUGGUGAUUGUAUCCCUUCCCCAGGUGGUGAUUGUAUCCCUUCCCCAGGUGGUGAUUGUAUCCCUUCCCCAGCUGGUGAUUGUAUCCCUUCCCCAGGUGGUGAUUGUAUCCCUUCCCCAGGUGGUGAUUGUAUCCCUUCCCCAGCUGGUGAUUGUAUCCCUUCCCCAGCUGGUGGUUGUAUCCCUUCCCCAGCUGGUGAUUGUAUCCCUUCCCCAGGUGGUGAUUGUAUCCCUUCCCCAGCUGGUAAUUGUAUCCCUUCCCCAGCUGGUGAUUGUAUCCCUUCCCCAGCUGGUGAUUGUAUCCCUUCCCCAGCUGGUGAUUGUAUCCCUUCCCCAGGUGGUGAUUGUAUCCCUUCCACAGCUGGUGAUUGUAUCCCUUCCCCAGCUGGUGAUUGUAUCCCUUCCCCAGCUGGUGAUUGUAUCCCUUCCCCAGCUGGUGAUUGUAUCCCUUCCCUUCCCCAGCUGCUCCACCGCUCAGCACCCCUCCCUCGACCAAACCACCGUUGACGGCACGUUAGCCGUUCUAGAAGCGGCUCUUAUAGCCGGGGUAAAGCGGGUGGUCUACGCAUCCACGUCAGGGACUGUGGGUGCUUUUAACGACCCCGGACAGGUGGCGAGUGAUGAUUCGCCGUACGCGAGAGAGGUGGUGGGGGGGUGGCCGUAUUACCGGGCGAAGAUCGAGGCAGAGGAGAGGGCGAGGGGGUAUGCGGAGGAGCACGGGUUGGAGCUGGUGUGCAUGCGACCCACUCUCAUUCUGGGCCCAGGUGGGUGUUUCAACCUCUAA